UAUUUUUAGGUUAAAAACUAACGAACGAAGAAGUAGACAGACAGACAAAGAAAGGUCACAUUAAAGUGAAAUUUUAGUCACUACUGACAAUUUGUUACCGACAAAUACUUUCAAAAUGAUGCUCAUGUACUACCUUGAUUCUAACGGAAAGAGAGUUUAUACGUUAAAGUUGGUAGCACCUGAUGGCUCGCCUACUCUCUCAGCUCACCCUGCAAGAUUUUCCCCUCAAGAUCAAUAUUCCAGACAAAGGAUAGCAGUGAAGAAACGGUUCAACCUUCUUCCAACGCAGCAACCUGAACCAGCUUACUAGAUUGAUACCACUGAUAUUUUAAUAAUAAAUACUUUUUUCUACUCUUAA